AUGGCUACAGACGUCAUUCAAGUGACCAAUGUGUCGCCGAGCGCCACCUCGGAGCAGAUGAAAACUCUGUUCGGGUUUCUGGGCAAAAUCGACGAGUUGCGGCUCUUCCCAUCAGAGUGAGUAACUCCAAACUUCCAGACAGGCCUGGGGCCUAGCCCGCGUCGGAUCCGCUUUUAAGACUUUUCCUUUUUGAGUGAAAGUAAAUUUCUGUUGGGCGUACGUUUUAUGAGCGUACGACUUGAUAUAAUCCUUGAGUGAAAGUAUUCACUUUUUUCUUCCUUUCCUCGUAAACGAUUACGAAGUAGCAAUUUUUCUCCUCUAUUGUGUGGCGUUUGGACUCGCUGCCAUCUCAUACGCGUCAUCUCCUUUAUUCCCACCACAUGUUCCAAGCUGUUUUUAUCAGGAUUCAUAUCGACGGUGUUCUUUGAAUAAAAAAAAUGAAACGAGAAUGUUCUUAUUUGAAAGAUGUUUAUUUGAAGGUACCCAAGCUUUGGAGGAUUUAUUAUUACCGGGGUAAAGCAAAAUGGCCGCCAAUGUAACACCUUUCGUCAAUCCUGUCAGACGAUCCUUGUUUUCGAUCGUUAUUGUUCAAUGAUGUUGUGAACUUACUACUAAUCAUUAUUAAAUGUGUUAAACAGUGUUUUGAAUAAAAUUGGCUACAUUUUGUGAGGAAAAGAAAAGCGCGAGCAGUUCAGAAGCAGACUUCAAGUGUCGUACGGCCUACACCUCGUGUUUCUUAAGUGUGGGGAAGUAAAUAGGCUACUGAAGGAGAAAUGGGCGUAUGACAACACAAGUAAAGUGAAAUUUUCAUGGUCUUACAAAAGCCGUUAGCCAUUGACUCAAUUUGUAAUUUCGGCCGAAAAACAGACGGAAUUAAAAAAUGAGAGAUAAUGGAAACUGCAGAUGCUGGAUGAGUCGGUUUUUAUUUUUAAAAGUGAGAAAAUUAUAACUGAUUUUAUUGUUGUCAAGACUUGACAACAUCUUUUGAAAGGAACGCACAUCGGUAAAUGCAUAUUACGUUAGAGAAGGAUGAUUCUGAACAUUAAACAUUUUAUCCUUUUUCGAAUAUUGCUUGAGACUCUGAAUCAUUAUAUUUGUACAGUGUUUAUUUAUAAUACUUGUAUAUAUUUAUGAUUUGUUCUCUCCUGAGACUUGGUUGUUAAAGUGGCAUUAUUGGCACGGUGAACAGUUCCCUGUAACAUUUUAAUUACGUUGCUUAAUUAUCUUUUCAGGUAUUUUCUGUUUGUUUCCUUAGGCAAAGAUGUACAUGCUUUAAACCUGAAGAUUUAAAGCUCGUGAAGAUUUGUAGCUUGGGUUGUGGAUGAAGUUGUUGGCUUGCUUGCUGGGUUGGUUGUUGUUCAGAAAUUUCGUCACUGUGCUACUUAACGUCAUCAGUGCGGCCUCCGAUGAAAUGAUGAUGUUCUACUCCGAGAUAAUAGGAACUGCAAAUGCUGGAGAAUCCAAGAUAACAAGGUGUGGAGCUGGAUGAACACCGCAGGUCAAGCAGCAUCUUAAGAGCAGGAAGGCUGACAUGUUACGUUUCUGAUGAAGGGUCUAGGCCCGAAAUGCCAGCCGCCUUGUUCUGCUCCACUUGGUAUUAAUGUGAUCCGGUCUGUUAAGUUGGGCUGUGUCAUUUCCAGUUAUGUUCUGCAUGGGUUUGUAUAUUAGGUCUAAUUCCACAUGUUUGUUGAUUGCGUUAUGGAUUGAAAACCAGGCCUCUAGGAUUCCCCGUGUGUAUCUGUGGCUGGCUUGAGCUACGAUGGUCACACUGUCCCAGUUAAAUUGAUGGCCUUUAUUGUCUGAGUGCCGAGACGAGGGACAGUUCGUCGUGUCGUUUUGCUACUAGCUGAUGUUUAUACACCCUUAUGCAAUCAAAAACGUGUGACAUUAGACCCCACAUACAAACCGAUGCAGAACAGAACCGGAAGUGACUCACACCAGCUUAACAGACCAGAUAGUAAAAAUACCAAACGGAGUAGAACAACAUUGCUUCAUUGGAGGCCGCACUGGUGUUACCUAGCAUGGCGUUGAAACGUCUUUGUCAUAACUAGCCAGAUCAGCGAGCAAGCAAACAACCUUAAACCCGAAGAAUUUGGGUACGGAUUGACUUAAAAAUUUUUGAGGUUGUUAUGCAUAAAGAUAGUUUCAAAUAUUAUUUUUGUUAAACUUGGUGACUGAUUUAUCAUAGCUACUUCCUAAUUUUUGAUAUCAGAGGUAUACCUCUUAUCCCUUCAUAAAUCAGCUAACUUAUUAACUAAUGCUUUUUUAUGCUCAACAGUUACUUGCUGGAUAAUGGUUUUCUGGAAGUUUUUUUUAUGAACAAAGAUGACUUAACCAGAGUCCAGAGGACAGCACUGCAGGGAAGAAUAAAUUAUCACUGCUCGUAAAAUGAUGCUAAUAUUUAGUCCAGUGUCUAGAUGAUUUGGAAAGAAGAAUAGGGUAUUCCAUAGUUCUGAGAUGGUAUAAGUGACAAGAUUGGACCACAAGAUUCAGGGGUGUCUCGGCAGGAUAUAUGUGGAAAGCAUAUUUCCUCUUGUGUGAGAGAGCUAAGUGUCAAUGCUUUAAAAAUAAGGGAUUAAUCUUUUAAAGACAGGAAGAUUUUCUUCCUACAAAGAGUCUUGGGACAUUUCCUCAAAAGGUAUUAGAAGCAGAGUAUUUUGAAUGUUUUUAAGACAAAUGUUGAUUAGAUUUCAGAUGAGUAAAGUAUGAAAGGUUAUAGGGAUAAGUGUGAAUUUUGAGUAAAUCAACCAACCAAACUCUUAUUGAAUGGUGGAGAGUUAACUUCCUAGUUCAGAUGUUCACAUUAUACUUAAGUCUUGAUUCCGAUGUUGGCACAAGAGACAAAAUCUUAGAUGGGAUCAGGGUUUUGAGUUUGAACUUAGUGUAAAAUAAGAGGCUGUGAAUAUAAUCUCUGUUGAAAAUAGUUUAUAUGUAAUUCCAUGGCAGGAGUGGCAGUCUGUCCACAAGCAUAAUAUCCUGCUGACACAAUUCAAGUAUGAUUGACAUUUACAAUUUAAAACUGCAUGAUAUACAGUUGAUAUCAACUUGUGUAAACAGUUGUCUGGUAAUUAUAAACAGGCCUCCUGGUUCUAAUGGAACUGUGGAAUGAAUUGCCCAGGUCUAUCUACUAUUUUCUCCCCUUGUACAUAAGUUUUUUUUUUAAGUUUAAUCUUUUUGUGUUUAUUUUUAAUAAUAUCUUUCUCUGCUUUCCUCCGGUUUCCCAGACUUCUCCCCUUCCACUCCAUAAAGACCAGAUAAUUAAAAUGCUGGGCUUUGCCAGAACACCUGGAGAAAUGCUAGUUCAUAAUAGAAGAGAGUGCGCUAUAAAAUAGCAGGUGAGCUUAGUAAAUUGGGGAAUCACUUGCAGACAGAGUCCAGAGAGCUGCUAAAAUAUUUUGAGUUAGAAGCAGUUUAGUUUCAAGGAGUUGUGUAAAAUACAGUCAUUACUUCAGGUCAAAAAAAAAAGUGAAUGAUGGAGAAUUAAUGUAGAGGUGGAUUUGGAGGCUAUUUCGUGAGGUUAGGUGGAGCUUAGGAAAGUGUUCUGAUUUCAGUUUUUCUGGAUAUUUACUGGGAGAGAUUUUUAGCUGGUGAUAUGGCUUGCAGCUUAGAAGUUGGCACACAGCAUUUGCUUUGGCUUACACUUGAGGCAGAGAAAAAUAUGAGCUUCAUUAUUGGUCAUAUGCAAAGGUGAAUGAAGCUUAAUUUCAGUUUGAAUCUUGAACAGAAGGUGAAAGAUUACCUCGUUUGAAGCUAGUGCGGAAAUUCAGUUGGCCUCAUUGUCUUAUUGCAAAAGUAAGUGGAUUACCUUGGAGUGUUGGAAAAGUAGCUAAAAAAGGGACUUGGGCUUCCAUGGUCAAGAGAGAACAGGGCAAGUUUUACCUCAGAAUUGCUGGAGCUAAGAAUGACUUUGGUCUUGAUGGCAGUAAAUAAUUUUAAGAUUGCCUUGUAAGAAAGCUUGAGGCAAGUGAAAUGCAGACCUGUGUACAAUAUAAACUAAGCUAUACUGAUAAUCUAAUUGUACUUCUGUUUAAUUUGUUCAAUAUAUGUAUUUUUUUAAUUGAAAUCUUGUGGCGUAGUUUUACUUGUUAAAAGGUGGUGUUUGAAUUCCUUUUUGAAUAUUAAGUCUUUGGACACGAAUGCCACCUGCCCCGGUGCUUAAAUUGCUGCUUUGUUUUCCAGCUGCACUGUUUAGAUUAUAAUAGCCUGGUACAUAAAUUUCAAAUUUCUCUUGUGGUCUCCUUUCUAAAUGUAAGUACCUGCAACCCAAUACUUUUUUAUAAUUGUAUAUAAUGAAAUCAUUAAUCUGACAAGUUUAACAUUUCUCAUUCUCCUAUCAGAACUAAUUAUACACUUAAAACACAACAUUAUAUUUCAGAAGCAGUUCCUUCAUUAUAUAAUGUUUUGGGAUGCCUUAAGACUUGAAAGAGCACGUUAAUAGUUAGGAUAAACAAUCCUGCGUUAAUGUAAUACUGCAGUGUACUGAAUGGCUCAGUAAACAGCAGUGCAAGUGUAAAGGGGAUUAGUCUCUCGGACAUCUCUGCAGGUUUAAAACUCAGCAUGCGGUUUGCUUAGUGGAAGCUGGUACUUAUUAACUGUUUCCAAACCACAGCCCAUCUGCAUGGUCAAUUAAUAUUGCGCUCAGUGCCAAGUGAAACAUAACUUAGUUUUGAUUGGCCUUUAAGGAUGACCAUGUACUGAUGUUACUUCUUGUUUUCUUGUAACUAGCUCUGUGAAAUGUCAUUUACUUCUGGGAAGUAUUCCAUGUGCUGUUGACAUGCGUGCGCGCGCACACAAAAUAGCCUUCCUUCAUGACAUCAGACUUUGAUUGAAUCACCAUUACCUGUGACGUCUCGUGUGUGUUUCGUAAAGUUUCAUGAUCCUGACGCUGUGGGAGUGGCGCAGCAUUUGACAAACACAGUCUUCAUUGACAGAGCUUUGAUAGUUGUACCUUAUACAGAAGUGAAGCAGCCGACACGAGUCGCUUGUUCAUAAAACAUCUUUUGAAAAGUUGAGAGCACAACCCCUGGAGAACCGACUGUGCUUGCUUACGUUUGGUUCAUGACUAAAAAAUCGAGUACAGGAGUCAUUCCUGAUGAGUCUAAGGCUUUGUCUCUGUUGGCACCAGCUAAUGCAGUGGCAGGUCUGCUGCCUGGAGGUGGACUUUUACCAACACCUAAUCCUCUGACAUCACUCAGCAAUGUUCCUUUAGCUACUCCUCUUGGGAAUGUGAAUCCUGGAUUGGAUCCAACUCUUGCUGCACUUGGACUGCCAGGAGCAAACUUGAAUUCACAGGUUACAGCAGAUCAGCUGUUAAAGCUCAUCACUCAAGUUGAUCCAAAGUUAAACCAUGCUGCUGGCGCCAUUGUGAGCCCAGCCCUGAAAUCUGACACCUCUUCAAAGGAUAUUGAAGAAGCAAUGAAGAGAGUUAAAGAAGCACAGUCAUUGAUCUCAGCUGCUAUAGAAACUGACAAAAAGGAGGACAAAAGGAAACAUUCUCGAUCAAGGUCUCGCUCACGUAGGCGACGUUCCCGUUCCCGAUCAAGGCAUAGGCGGUCCAGGAGCAGAUCUAGAAGGCGUUCACAUUCAAAGUCUAGGAGCAGACGGCGAUCACGAAGUCCGAGAAGAAGAAGAUCGCGCUCAAGAGAGCGAAGGCGGUCUAGGAGUACAUCAAAAUCGAGAGAGAAAAAGAAGGAAGAGAAAAAAAGAUCAAAAACACCCCCUAAAAGUUAUAGCACGGCCAGGCGGUCUCGAAGUCCUAGCAGAGACAGAGAGCGAGAAAGAGAACGAAGGCGUAGGAGAAGUAGGAGUAUUUCAAGGUCCCCAAAGAAGUCACGGUCACCCAAACGUAAACUGUCACGGUCACCAUCCCCAAGAAGGCACAAGAAAGAGAAGAAAAAGGAUAAAGACAGAGACAGAAGCAGAGAAGUAGAGGAAAGGGAGAGAUCAUCUAGCAAAAAGAAGAAGAGCAAAGACAAAGAGCGGGAGAAGGAGAGGGAGAAAAAGGCAGAGAGUGAAAAAGGAGAUGUGAAGGUUACAAGAGAUUAUGAUGAAGAGGAACAAGGAUAUGACAGUGAGAAGGAAAGAAAAGAAGAGCAGAGAGUUUCUGAAUCUGCAGUGUCCCCAAAACUCAAAGAAGUUGCACAGCCGAGUGACAAGGAAAGUACUGAUGUUGUUAAAGAGUCAAAGGUCAAUGGCGAUGAUCACCAUGAAGAAGACAUGGACAUGAGUGAAUAAACUUAGUGAAAGCUGAUUUAUAUUCCUAAUGUGAAGUGAUUAUUUUUAGCAGUGCUUUCUGUCAGAAUUGAAGUGUCGCCCUUCUAUAAUAUUUUCUAUAUUUAGAAAGUGGUGACUUUGGCACCUGCCUUGUUCAACACAGUUUGUGAAAGAGGUGUGCAGAAGACUUGGUUCAGGAAGUGAAACUGCACUUCUAAUAGCAUCAGAUUGGUGUGCCAGUAAGAAGCUUUUUCUGAAAUAUAUGCAGGGAUCUCCUUUGAAAAGAGUAGGAACCUCAGUAAUGUGUAAUAUUUGUUUAAAGAAACUCAACCAAUACUGAUGUAGAUAGUUACAUAUCCUAUGAGCCUUGUGACUGUAGAUUUGAGUUCACGUAGUUCACUGUUUAUUUGGCUUUCUUAGUUUUAAGUGGCUUUGUCUGCUUUUGUAUGUAGCUCUAAUAAAUAACGUACUUUGAUAUUUCCUGCUCUUCAAUUUAUCACUCGUGUAUUGCACACUGUUUUCAAAUAGUGAGCAUCUGCACAAACUGGAGUUCAUGUGCAAGGUCUUGUGAGGAAAAUAGUUUUCUUUAUCUUGAUACUGACAGGUCUGUCAGGUUAGCAAUUUUGGCUGCAGAAUGUGCCAUGGUCUUGUACAGUUUAUGAAAACAAAUUUCUGUUUUACAUGUGAGCUUUGAUAAUAAAAGCUAUUUUAAAGCCUGGUUCA